AUGGUGAAAGUCAAGGCCUACGAACUCAGAAAGAAAGAGCCAGAAGCCCUUCAAAAACAGCUCGAGGAGCUUAAAACUGAGCUUUCUCAUCUAAGAGUCGCAAAAGUCGCUGGAGGCGCCCCAUCCAAGCUAUCCAAAAUCAGAGUUUUCAGAAAAGACGUCGCCAAGGUCUUAACCAUUAUUCACGAGAAGAAAAGAGACCAAAUCAAAGCUGCAAACAAAGGAAAGAAAUACCUAGCUUUCGACAUCAGGCCAAAACUCACUAGAGCUCUCAGAUUAAGAUUGACAAAAGAACAAGCUAAGAAGCUACCACUCCGCGUUUUGAAAAAGAAAUUAAACUUCCCACAAAGAAAAUUCGCAGUGGCCAACUAA